AUGAACAACGAGGACUACGGAUAUGACUAUGACUACUUGUUCAAAAUUGUUUUGAUUGGAGACUCGGGUGUAGGUAAGUCGAACCUGCUGUCCAGGUUCACGACAAACGAGUUCAACAUGGAAUCCAAGUCCACAAUUGGCGUCGAGUUUGCUACUAGAACAAUCGAGGUUGAGGGAAAGAAAAUAAAGGCACAGAUCUGGGAUACUGCGGGCCAAGAAAGAUACCGUGCCAUCACAUCUGCAUACUACAGAGGUGCUGUGGGCGCCCUGAUCGUUUAUGAUAUCAGCAAGUCUAGCAGCUACGAAAACUGCAACCAUUGGCUCACAGAGCUACGGGAAAACGCAGAUGAGAACGUCGCAGUUGGUCUGAUCGGGAACAAGUCUGAUUUGGCGCAUCUGCGCGCCGUGCCAACUGACGAAGCCAAAAACUUUGCCCAAGAAAACCAGUUGCUGUUCACCGAGACCAGUGCUCUGAACAGCGAGAACGUAGACCAGGCAUUCCGUGAGCUCAUCACUGCCAUAUACCAAAUGGUGAGCAAGCAUCAGGUUGACCUGAAUGAGUACGGCAACAAUGCGGGACAGGCUCCCAAGGGCCCUACUAUCAGCCUAACGCCAGCGCCUGCUAAGAAGAACAAGAAGUCAGAUAACUGUUGCUAG